AAAAACAAAGCCUAUUCAUAAAACUUUCAAUAGGCUAAUUAAAAAUCAUACAUUAGAACUAUGGAUCUAAAAGCUUAGUUCUGUCCUAGCAUGGAAUUCAGCUUCAAAACAUUUGCAGACAGUGUAACACUGCAUUUCCAAAUGAUUUCUAGUUAUUUACAUAAAGGAACACAUAUAUUUAAUUUAUUCAUUUAAAUUAUGAGUUAUUCAUAAUUAUUAAUUAUAAAAACGUUAUUUACACUAAUGUUUAGUCAAAUCAAUAAAUACUUUAUGUGCAAGAGACAAAGAUAUCAAAGGGACAUGAACCAUAACCCCAAGCUUUAAGGAUUUUGAAAUAUACUUGGAAAUAUUAAAAUAGCAAACAAUAUUUUAACAGUCAUUCAAGGAAACAAUAAGAGAUAUCCGAAGGCAAGUGAUGAUUAGGCAACAAAUGAAUGGCUUAGUCAAUAAGUAUUGUCUCUUUUCUCUUACGUGAAGAGAAAAAGAGCUGUUAGACUGGGAAAGCCUACCCAGUAGCCAGAAAUUACAGCCUGAGAUGGAUGGCAGUAAUUGCAAAGUUAUUGCUCCUCUCCUAACUCAGAGAUACCGGAGGAUGGUCACCAAGGAUGGCCACAGCACACUUCAAAUGGAUGGUGCUCAAAGAGGUCUUGCAUAUCUGCGAGAUGCUUGGGGAAUCCUAAUGGACAUGCGCUGGCGCUGGAUGAUGUUGGUCUUUUCUGCUUCUUUUGUUGUCCACUGGCUUGUCUUUGCAGUGCUCUGGUAUGUUCUAGCUGAGAUGAAUGGUGAUCUGGAACUAGAUCAUGAUGCCCCACCUGAAAACCACACUAUCUGUGUGAAGUACAUCACCAGUUUCACAGCUGCAUUCUCCUUCUCCCUGGAGACACAACUCACAAUUGGUUAUGGUACCAUGUUCCCCAGUGGUGACUGUCCAAGUGCAAUCGCCCUACUUGCCAUACAAAUGCUCCUAGGCCUCAUGUUAGAGGCUUUUAUCACAGGUGCCUUUGUGGCGAAGAUUGCCCGGCCAAAAAAUCGAGCUUUUUCAAUUCGCUUUACGGACUUAGCAGUAGUAGCUCACAUAGAUGGCAAACCUAAUCUAAUUUUCCAAGUGGCCAACACUCGACCUAGUCCUCUGACUAGUGUCCGAGUCUCAGCUGUACUCUAUCAGGAAAGGGAAAAUGGUGAACUCAACCAGACCAGUGUGGACUUCCACCUUGAUGGCAUCAGUUCUGAGGAAUGUCCAUUCUUUAUCUUUCCACUAACCUAUUAUCACUCCAUUAUACCAUCAAGUCCUCUUGCUACUCUGCUCCAGCAUGAAAAUCCUCCCCACUUUGAAUUAGUUGUGUUCCUCUCAGCAAUGCAGGAAGGCACUGGAGAAAUAUGCCAAAGGAGGACGUCCUACCUACCCUCCGAGAUCAUGUUACAUCACUGUUUUGCGUCUCUGUUGACCCGGGGUUCCAAAGGUGAAUAUCAAAUCAAGAUGGAGAAUUUUGACAAGACCGUUCCUGAACUUCCAACUCCUCUGGUCUCCAAGAGCCCAAAUAGGACUGACAUGGACAUCCAUAUCAAUGGACAAAGCAUGGACAAUUUUCAGAUCUCAGAAACAGGACUGACAGAAUAA